AUGCGUCUCCGGUCAUCGCUCCAGUCCAUUAGUCUGCUCGUUGCCCAUUAUCGCCCUGAAACAGGUGCGGUUCAAAGAAUGGAUGAUGCUAAAGUAGGUACUCUUAUUGGAGAGGACAAAUAUGGAAAUAAGUACUUUGAAAAUAAGAUGUACUUUUAUGGCCGCAAUAGGUGGGUUGAAUAUGCUGACCAAGUGGGCCUUAGUUAUGAUGGCAGUCAAGUACCAGCUGAGUGGUAUGGUUGGUUGCAUUAUAAAACUGAUCUUCCUCCCUCAAAGGACCCUUCCCGUGUGAGAUACCCAUGGAUGGCAGAUCAUACAGAGAAUAAAUCUGGAACUGAAGGUGCCUACGUACCAUACAGUACUACAAGGCCAAAAAUUGAAGCCUGGGUACCCCCAAAACAACAAAGUAAACAAUGAGUCAGAUGCAUUAUUGGAUAUUUGUUGUUUCCUCAUUGUAGUAAAUAAUUUAUCUUGCACUCUGUAUUGUAUAUAAUGAAAAGAAGGGACGUUGUGUGAAAUAUGGCAUUUGAAUGUAGAAAAUUUUACCUAAGAUGAAAAUGUUUAUAGUGCCCGUUUGAAUUUUUAAUUUUCUUCAGCCUUACUGGUUUGUAUUCUUAGAUAUUAUUAAAAGUCAUUGGAGUACUAAAACUCUGUGAAUUUAACUUGGAUUCUUUUUUUUUUUUUACACAAAGUGCUGUUCGCAAUACAAUUUCCAGCAGUCUAUUACAUGAUUCCAUGUUUGUUUGGUCUAGAGAGCAGAGUUAUGGAUACUUACAAAUUUCUCUCGGGUCUCCAGACCAAAGUUGAAGUAGUGUGAGUGUGGAGUCAUUUCAUAGUAGAGAAACUACUUCAAAAUCAUGGUUUGUCCUGUGAGAUACAACUAUCACUUUUUUUCGUAAAAACAUUUUUUGUAAAGAAAACCUGUCCAUUGAAUAUUAAUUUAGAAAUUGCGUCUUUCCAAGAUGGUAUUUCUUUCUCUAUUUUUCCCUUUUUUCUUACUUUGAAACAAGUUUGUACAUGCACUUCGGAUUGUGAUCGUCCCAUCAUGCCUUAGAAUAAUUUCCUUUCAUCUAUUACUUAUUUACCAGAGACCCAAACUCUGUGUAACAAAUUUUAAAAUAAUAAUCUUUUCGACAUGAGCAGUGUUGCCCCUUGAAAAUUUAUAUUGGGUCGUGGUUCUGUAGUUCCCUCCUGUACAGAAUGGGGUAAAAUGAUAUUUCUCGUUAUCUUAUUGGUAAUGUGAGGGUAAAUUACCUUUCUUAAUCUACAACCAAAAGAGACUUAGACAUUUAGAACUGUAUAUUCAGUACCGUGUUUGGUGAUACUGUUGUUUAUUUGGCAGCGUUAUUCUUCACCGUCACUACUUUCCUCUAUGACACUA